AUGGUCAGAUGGGAAAUUCAUUUGGGUCCUGUCAAGAAAAGAAAAUUUUCCCCUUUCAUCAUGCACCAGACCGAUUAGGUAAUCAGUUCGCACCAAUUAAAGGGGAUCCUGACCGUGGACCAGGAACUUAUAAUCAUGCAGAGAGGAACAAUCUUAUAUAUAACUUGGCUAAGAGACCACAGAGUAUCAAAGGCUACAGCAUGGGAGCAAGAACAACACCACGUUUUGUAAUAAUAAACAAGGCGUGCGCAACAAGCGUUUUUGCCCCCGCACUGUGGAGUGCCGUGGAUCGGCUGGAGACCCGCGGGUCGUUCUUCCUCGGAGGAGACGUGCUAACGUGGAAGCAAGGGAAAUCCGGGGAUUUUUGCGAUCCUACAAACUUUGUUUUUCUGGGUCGCCAUGUCUCAGCUGUGGAGUCCGACCUUGGACAGUGGCACCCUGCGGAUGCGAACACGGUUGGAUUUUCAAAAUUACCUGGAUUCGGACUGGGAAGUGGGCUACCUGGAACUUACAACCCAAACAAGUUGCCACACAGACAUGUCAGCUGGCCAGGGAAGUUUGGUUCCCCAGACUGGUCUUUGGUUCCAAUGCCACAAAGAAGAACUUUCAGAGCUGAGCUGAUUUCAGAUAAAGAAUUCAAGAAAUAUCGGAAUUUGGUGGCCUAUCUGAGUAUAUAUUACAGUGAUUAAUUCUUGUGGCUGAAGAUAUUUCCUGUCCUACAUACUUAGAUCACUAAUUUACUUUUUAUCAUUAGACAGAAUUAGAGCAUUUUUAAUUAAUUUGUAACUUGGAUUCAAUAUAAAUACUAUUUCAUAAAGAGUUUUUUUGUUUCCUUUUAAAGGCUUCUUUUUUCCUAAUGUUCUCUGCUAUUUCAGUAUAAAACCUUUACUCUUUCGAAGUUGCUUCAAAUGUUUGGAUUUUGCCAACAGCCACAUCUGUUAAAAUAUUUCUGGUUUCGAACAGUUUAGCUAGAGAAAUGCUUAAGAGAAAUAUAGAUUUUUAAAGUAUAAUUUCUAUUUAUAUGUCAGUUUAGAUCCUAAAGCUCACAAAAGUCAUGCCAAAUUGGAGAAAUUAUUAUGGGAACAAGCAUGUAUUGAUUAAAAUUGAAAAUAUUUUGUCCUGCUACUCCACUGUACUGGCCAAUAUUUUUUGAAACACAAAAGUAUUAGAAGAAUGUGCCAUAUGAUCUGAUAUGGUCUUAUGAUACCACUUCUUGGACUGCAUUUUCUGCAUGUAACUGAGAAUGGAAAUUUCAUGAAAUAUAUAUGCAAUGACAUUUUUAGAACUAUUUUAGCACAGUGUUCUUUUCUGUCUGCUGCAGAGAAGACAAACUUCAUUCGUACUGAACAAGAAACCCACUUUGUGGGUCUAAGCAUGUAGGAUUUCCCACUCAAGGAAAGAUUUCCAUACUAUAUUCUUGUAGGAGAAACCAUGCUUUUCAUUCAACCUGAACUGAGCUGUAGCUAUUGUAUUUAGGAACUAGAUUUGUACCGUACAAUUUUUAACCUUCUGUAUUCUGCAGUAUGGGAGAAAAUACAUGAGUAAUAAAAAACGUAUUACAAUUUCUAAUCAGUUUUGUGAGAUAAUAUACCAAACUUAUAGCAGACAAUGGCUCUGCUGAUGUAGCAGGAUGCUUAAAUAUUUCUCUGCACACUUUAUAAAAAGAUAUUUUAAGUUCAUUUUAUAUAUUCUUGAUUUCUCCAAAAAUUAUAUUUCAUUUAGAAGUUACAUAGAAAGUCUUAUGAUUCCAAUGGAAUCCAUUGUAUGUCUUGUAAACUAGCAGUUUUAGAUUAGAAGGUACACAAAACCACUUGUACCAAAUGGAAAGAAUGUAUAGUUUGCCAAACAGAACCUUCACUUUCAAUCCUUCCUCAUUCUAGUGUCUUUUAGAUGUUGAUUGUAUAACUCCCAUAACCUCUGCCUAUUCAUCAAGCUGGUAUGAGGAGACUUGUACAAAUUUUGUAAAAUAUACCACACUAGGAGAAUAUCUUUACAGCAUAAAUCCUGCCUCUCUCUAUCCAAUCAUCCACUUAUUAAAGUAAUUGAUAAUUUACUGUUAAUAACCAAACAUCUCCAAACAUAUUGCUGCAGUGAAAGAAACGUAGAAACUGAUUCUGAGUCAUGGAUUUAUUUUUUAAAAAUUCAAAGAAAAUAUCACCUGAACAGGAAGAAUAUAAGACUUGUUAAUCUUCCACUGAAUGUUAUUCUAUUUCUUUCAGGUUGGGUAACAAAGCAUGCACCAUAUUUAUUUUUUGCUAAUAUCAUCAUAAAAGGCAGAAAAUAAAUUUGAUAUUAGAAAUCAUAGAACGGUACCACCAUUUUCUCAACAGUACAUUUUCAUCAGUAAUUUGGGAUUUUGAGUUUUAAAAUAUGACACUGCUUAUUUCAUUACAUAAAUCACUCUAUGUUAUAUCCUCCAAAGUAUUUAUGAUCAAGAAACUUCAGGAAUGUUGUAUACAGAUGAGGAUGGGGUAGACUCUCCAGUCUUCUUGCAGAGGCCUAUAGAACAAAUAGACAAAAAAUAUCUGUAAUUGGAAUUUCAAGGUAAAAUAAAUGAAGGCAGAAAAAACUGGAGGUGGGACUUAACAUUUUUUAAAAGUUUAAUAGCAACCUUCUCUGACGAGGGUAUAAAUUUUGGGCUAUAGCAUAAAAGAAUUAAUCGUUUUGCUUGCUUGUCCUACAAUACCUAAAUUGUCUUGCUGGUUGCUAUUUUUUUCUGGGGCUUAUAUUACAAUUAUAUUAACCACAACUUAUUUUUGCUCAAAGGCAAAGUGGUAGUUUCCUAAAGAUCUGUGAGUUUGGGGAAAACAAGUUAGGUUUUCAGUUAUUCAACUGUGGGAAUACAAUAAUGGAUUUACCAUUGCCUUAAUUUAGUUUGACCCAUUGUAUGUACUGUAUAUAUGUUACUGUUAUUCUGAAUAAAACUUUGGGAGUUUAA